CGUAGGCAAGGAGAGGGACCAGGGUACUCCAGCGCCUUCGCACAGAGAGACGUCUGGCAGUCGCGGAGAGCAUCUUCGAUCCACUCCACACAUAGACGACGAGUGGCGAACAAAAAACACAGAUUUCAAUAACACGUUAAACCCUCGAAUAACAGGCAUGGAGAGCCUGUUAGAUAAUCCAAUGAAAGCUGUCCUCUAUCUGAAAGAACUGACGACCAUCGUUCAGAACCAGCAGAGUUUGAUCCAGACGCAGAGGCAGCGGAUAGACGAGCUGGAAAGGAAGGUGGAAGACCUAAUUGGCGAGAACCGGCAGCUGAAGGACCCGCACCCGGCGCAUCACUACCACCAUCACCAUCCUUCCCCGCCGAGCUCCAGCCCGCAGCCGCCUGUCCUCGCGCAUCAGCACCCCGCGAAUAAAACCGCGACCCAGUCGGGUCAUCCUCCGCAGCAGGUGAAAAAUCUUCCGGCACAGCCACAGCAACCGCCGCCUCCGCCACCAACUCAUCAGCCGCAGCAGCUGCAGCUGGUGCCCACCUCCCCUCCGUCCGCGCAGCCGGGGAAAUCAAGCCCCGAGUCCGCCGAGGAGGACAAAAAGAGCCCCAGCUGCAAGUCCCUGGUACCGCAGACGCCAACGACACUCUGUAGGUCGGUGGGACUUACCAGGAAAGCAGAAAACCAGACAGUCCUGCACCAGUUCUGCUGCCCAGCUCCUGAAGCUCCGGAAGGGGACUCCUCUAGCUGUUCCACAAGCGACGCCCACCCGCCGGGCGGGGCAGGGCAGCCCGAGGGCGAGGCGAGCGCGCAGGAUGGCGUGCAGGAGGAGGAGGAGGAGGAGGGAGGAGGCGCGGCGGGCGUCCGGGGGGGCACGGGGCAGAAAGCCAGCCUGCACCACACCACCUCUCCCGUGAGGGUUCAGCGGAGCAAGGGGCCCGGGGGGGCCUGCGCCCACGCCUCCGCCUCCGACUACGAGCUCUCGCUCGACCUCAAAAACAAGCAGGUGGAAAUGCUAGAGCACAAGUACGGGGGUCACCUGAUCUCCCGCCGCGCCGCCUGCAAGAUCCAGACGGCCUUCCGGCAGUACCAGCUCAGCCGGAACUUCGAGAAGAUCCGCAACUCGCUGCUGGAGAGCCGGCUGCCGCGGCGCAUCUCGCUGCGCAAGGUGCGGGUGCAGAACGCCGAGGGCUUCUCCGCCGAGAAGGCCCUGCUGGAGGGCUACGGCUUCAUGGGCAUCCCGCUGGUGCGCUCCCCGUCCCUGCCCGCCGCCAUCGGCGGCACCCUCACCGACCUGGAGGACUCCUUCACCGAGCAGGUGCAGUCGCUGGCCAAGUCCAUCGACGACGCGCUCAGCAACUGGAGCCUGAAGACCAUGUGCUCCCUGCAGGACGGUGGUGGCGGCGGCGGCGGCGGCGGCGGCGGCACCUACCAGUUCACCGAGACCUUCAGCAGCGGGGGCCCUCCCCCGGGCGGGGCGGGAGGCGGGGCCGCGGAGCCGGGGGCGGACCCCGGCGCGCCGCAGGACGCCGGGCCGGAGGACAACCCCGACGGCCUCUCGCGCAGCAGCGCCAGCAAGCUGAUGAUGGCCUUCCGCGACGUGACGGUGCAGAUCGACAACCAGAACUUCCACGUGUCCUCCUCCGUCGUGGAGUCCACCUCCGUCUCCCUCGGCAACUGCGUCCAGGAGGGCGGCGGUGUUGGCGGCGGCGGCAGCGGUGGCGGUGACGGGGGCCGCGAGGAGCCCCCGGCGGGGGAGUGGGAGGCGCCUCCGCAGGACGAGGGGCCUCUGGACCCCGGGGAGAUGGACUACGAGUUCCCGGCCCCGCCGCCGGAGGAGCUGGGGGAGGAGCUGCUGCGGGAGCUGGCCCUGGAGAAGGUGGAGGAGGGCCCGGGACCGGAGGCCGGGGCGGGGUCCGGGGCGGGGGCGGGGGGGGGGGGCGAGGCCGACGCCGGGCCCGAGGUCCUGGAGGCCAAGCGCAGCGAGUCGGAGACGGCCGACAACAGCUCGGAGCAGAUGAGCAGCAGCAGCACCUCCACCUCGGCCAAGUCGGCCUCGGAGGCCUCCUCCAAGGAGGCGCUGCAGGCCAUGAUCCUCAGCCUGCCGCGCUACCACUGCGAGAACCCGGCCAGCUGCAAGUCCCCCACCCUCUCCACCGACGUCAUGCGCAAGCGCCUGUACCGCAUCGGCCUCAACCUCUUCAACGUGAACCCGGACAAAGGCAUCCAGUUCCUCAUCUCCCGCGGCUUCAUCCCGGACACGCCCAUAGGCGUGGCCCACUUCCUGCUGCAGAGGAAGGGCCUGAGCCGGCAGAUGAUCGGCGAGUUCCUCGGCAACAGCAAGAAGCAGUUCAACAGGGACGUCCUGGACUGCGUGGUGGACGAGAUGGAUUUUUCCGGAAUGGAGCUGGACGAGGCCCUGCGGAAGUUCCAGGCCCACAUCCGGGUCCAGGGCGAGGCCCAGAAGGUGGAGAGGCUCAUCGAGGCCUUCAGCCAGCGCUACUGCAUGUGCAACCCCGAUGUGGUGCAGCAGUUCCACAACCCCGACACCAUCUUCAUCCUGGCCUUCGCCAUCAUCCUCCUCAACACGGACAUGUACAGCCCCAACAUCAAACCGGACCGCAAGAUGAUGCUGGAGGACUUCAUCCGCAACCUGAGAGGGGUGGACGACGGGGCAGACAUCCCGCGGGACAUGGUGGUGGGCAUCUACGAGCGCAUCCAGCUGCGGGAGCUGCGCUCCAACGAGGACCACGUCACCUACGUCACCAAGGUGGAGCAGUCCAUAGUGGGCAUGAAGACGGUGCUGUCCGUCCCCCAUCGGAGACUGGUGUGCUGCAGCCGGCUCUUCGAAGUGUCCGACGUCAACAAGGCCCAGAAGCAGGCCGCCCACCAGAGGGAGGUGUUCCUCUUCAACGACCUCAUCGUGAUCCUGAAGUUGUGCCCAAAGAAAAAGAGCUCGGCAACCUACACGUUCUGCAAAGCCAUGGGUCUCCUGGGAAUGCAGUUCCACCUCUUUGAAAACGAAUACUACCCCCACGGGAUCACCAUCGUGUCGCCCUACUCGGGCUCGGAGAAGAAGCAGGUGCUCAACUUCUGCGCCCAGAGCGCGGAGGAGCUGCUGAAGUUCGUGGAGGACCUGAAGGAGUCGAUCGCCGAGGUGUCGGAGAUGGAGCAGAUACGCAUCGACUGGGAGCUGGAGAGGCAGCAGGGGGGCAAGGCUCACUGCAGCAGAAGCAACGGGUCUCAGCUGGAGAUUCGGGCAAAGCGGGGCUCCCCACCAGGCAAGAUGGACCUUGAAGAAAGGAGUGGGAACAACACAGUGGAGGUGUCAAUUCACAACAGGCUUCAAACGUACCAGCUCAGUGCGUCCCGGAGCCCUGAGCGUGGAUCCCUCCUCGGCCACCGGGGGGAGCUGUUCUACCCGCAGCUCCAGCCCAGCGCGGCCACGCCCGUCCACCUGCCCGGCCCGCUCGUCGACCUGCGCCCGGAGGCGCUCAUCCAGUGCCAGCAGAUCGUCAAGGUGAUCGUCCUGGACAAGGGCGGGCACGGGCGGGUGGAGGCCUUCCUCAGCCACACCCCCACCCACCGGUUCAUCCGCUCCGCCCUCUCCACCCCCGUCAGGUCCCCCGAGGGCAGGGACCAGGGCAGCUCCAGCCCCCAGCCCCCCCUGCCUCCGCCCCCGCCGCCAUACAACCACCCCCAUCAGUACUGCCCGCCCCAGCCCCCCCACCCGCUGCUCGCCCGGCGGAGGGACUCCAGCGGCUCCCGCAGCCUUGUGUAAAUAUAAACUGACCUUUGACCCCUAACCUUUGACCUUUUAUAGAGAAGAAUAUCCACACUAUAGUAUAAUAUAACAGUACAUAUGUAUAUAUAUAUAUGCACAGAUGAGUUUUAAAAAAAAGACAUAUAUUUAAGAAAUAACAAAAAAUAUAUAAACAAAUAUGGAGCAGCUCUCAGACUUUUCUGGAAUAUGAAGUAUAAUAUUCUGUUGGUUUACUCAAUCAAUGUUGGUCACAGAUUUUUUUUUUUCCCUUCAGUUUUUUCCCCUCUUGAAACAGUUCCAUGGCUAAUUUUUCCUGAAUGAGAUGGAAUUUGGAACGAAAGAAACAAUUAUGGUCCUCAGCUUUGUAUUUGAGGCCCACACACUAAUCUCUUACUGGGCGUUUUUGUGUUGGACUGAUGGAAACUGUGAGUGCCAAAGCAAAUCUGACUUCACAAAAUGGACUCCAUUGGUGUCUGAGAAAACUGAGUAAAGAAUAUAUCUGUGAUUUAGGAACAAGCAGUUCAUGAAAUACAUGUGUGAUUGUCCCACCAAGACUGAAAAGAUAUUUAGUCAUUUAAGAAGUUUAAGCAAAAAAAAAAAAAUGCAACCAGCACUCAAAAAUUUGUUGAAACAAUUCACUUGUUCUUGUGUUGUUCAUUUAUCUUUUUGAAAAGAGGACUGAUUCUCUCAACAACCUAAAAAUCGGUGUUCUACUCUGAGUGUUUGUCACUGAUUUGUCUUGGUGAUAUAGUUUUGCUUCCUCUGUCAGCAAAAAAAACAUUACAGAUUUUAUAACACUGAUGAUGACGUCUGUGUUCAGGACGGGGACUCUGUUGGCAGCGAAUGAAAACUCACUGCGAGAGUAAAAGUGAAUUUCAAGCAAACGCACUAUAGUAAUGGCCACUGCACUGCAGCUCAGGAAUUUCAAACGUGCUCGAUGUGAGAACAGAACUGUUGUGUUUUUGGACUGUGUGCAAACUCCGUGUAAAUGUCGUGUACUAUACUUACAAGAUAUUUUAAAGCUUUUAUUCAGUAAGCCGGACCGAAGGGUAAAAUGCUAAAACCCCACAGAGACUCUGUCGAAACAUAAUGUUUUCACAUAUUUCUAGGGUUUUGCACUUCAUACACUAAAAUCUUGACAAAAUCACUCACAAGAGUCUGUAACACUCACACAAUGAUGAUGUGUCAUUUUUACAGGGGAUGGACUGACAGGCUUUAGACCCACCAAUGCUUAGAUCAUUUUUCUGUAUGUUGCUGUAGUAGAUUUCACUCAAGCAAGCAACCACACAAAAUAUAUAUUUAUUUUAUUCAAUUCAGGACAAAUGUUCCUUUUAAGGGAGAAAAGGGCAAUUAAUAAUUUUACCAGUGUAUUUUAAGUGAAUGCAUUUCACACACACAGACACACACGUGCGAACGUGUGAAUGUGUCUGUACACACAAGAUUAGAAAAAGGAAAUAGGAUGAAAAAUUAUUUGUUUUUGUUGAGGAAAACACAGAGGCUGAAUUAUUUUGGGACUCUGUGUACUCAGAUAUGCUAAUUUCACUUCCCUGGUAUGACUGGAUUUCUUUUGAGAAGGCUGACAACUCGCACCAACCCCCCCCCCCCCCCCCCCCCCACAAAACUCCCAUCCCACUAUUCACACAUAAUUACUGUAUGUUUCCUGAGAUGGCAGCUAACUCUUCUUCCUUGUGUUUUUGUUUCAGUUUCUAAAUAUAAGAAUAUUUGAACCACAAUGUGAUUCAUUCAACUACACUGGUGAACGCUUUCACUAAAAAUCUAAGUACACUAAUUCAAACUGCGACAGCUUUUAUUGACUUUGCACUGAUAGUGUCUAGAACCCUGGUGCCCCAAGAUUAAUAAUUAAGCAACUGACCCCUCUGUCAAAGUACACUAUAUUUGUUGUGGGUCAUGUCAUUUUUUGCCAUUAAUGUUCAGUAGUCCAGUAGUCCAGUCCCAUAUUAUUUUAAAUUUAUAUAAAUACUGAGCCAUGGUUCUUGUAUCGUUUCCUUUUUUCGAAUCAAACGCUCAAAAUAUAUGUAUAUACUAUUCUUGUGAAAUCAUGCAGUGUUUGACAGACAUGCCUUUGGCUGUAUGUCCUGUACCAAGGCCAUAGAAGAAGAAAUACAAGGCUCACUGCCACAGAAACUAUGAGUCAGAUUCAAGGUCAAGAAAGUGUUCCAUUAGCCACUGGUCCAUUUUCGUCUUUAGAGUACCACUAUACAUUAUUGCUUAAAAUAUUAACUCAAUGUAUUUUUACACCCCCAUCUUAAAGCCCUGCAGAGGAAACAUAAAUAUUUUAGUCCCUCUAUCUCGACAAUAGAUUAUUCAGGGGUGUUUUGGAACGCGCGGCACAUAGUAUAUCUUUAUAAGCAUCCAGCUCUGCCGAGACGUGCCACGUGACGCCUGUUAUCGCUCGCUAGCCGUAUGGUUUCUGUCGGUGCGGUUGCGAAUCACAGCUGGCUUGCGCGCGCACACGCGUGUGUUGCGAAUUAUGCGAACACUCGGGAGAAUGAGGAGACGGUCCUGUGCUGGAUCCGGUACGCAGUUCAUACCGUAUGGAGCCGAUAAGACGUCAGUCCCUCUCGAAGGUGGGCACGCGUUUAAUUCCUCCAUCUCUGACCCCCUUUUUUCCCCUGUGCGGAGAUGUUAUAGAGUGCCCAUAAAAAAGCACUUUUCCCUCGCUACUUGCAUCGAUUGGAGGGAAACUAUGGGUUUUGCGCAUGCUAAUUCAGCCUCCGUCAGGAUGCGUUCAGCUCUUACUCAAAUCUGCGUACGUUUUUAUUUGCAAAAUCGAGAAUUCUGGUGGAGGCACAGGUUUGGCUAUCAGCACUUUUAAAACUUGAACAACCUCACCCAUCCAACGAGCUAUAAAAAAAAGAGUUCACUAAGUCUGCCAAGCUUGCCAACCAGUCUGUCUACUUCACUGUUCGCCAAAAUGAAUAUGUUCAUUUUUAUUACAUUGAUGUCUGCAGUUUCUAUCUCACAAUGUUUGAUGUUUUUUUUUUUUUGGCUAGCCUAGUUGUAGCACCAACUGCCACUAUAACAGCAUCUCAUGUCAUCCAUUUAAUUAUAUUUGACUAUCAUGAAUUAGAAACGCUAUGUAGGGAGAGAAAAAAAAUGAACAUGGUAGACAUCUGUUGUAGUGCAGCUGUGUUUGUGUCGAUGCAAAUUGUAAAUGGAAAAAAUAUUUAUUUUGUAUUGAUUCACUGUACAUGCCUAAAUCCCCCACAGGUCAUUGUCAUUCUGUAUAAAUGUGAAUAGUGUUCUCCCUCCAGGAAGAGCACAGAGUGUGUGAGACUGUUAUUUACCACACCUGCGUGCCCACCUGUCCACAGGUAGCUAUCACGUAUACGGAAGUGACCGGAACAUAUAAAGCUCUGACUAAAUCGGUUACCUUUUCGGGUGGAGCUGGGGUGCACAAUGAGGGCUGACUCAUCUGAAUUUCAAGUGAACUAUUUGUCUAUUUUUUAUUUAUUUAUCCCAUUUCAUGUACUUGAUGUGACACUGAUUACAUUUUUUUCUUUGGGUUGACUUAUGUAUAAUAGCUGAAGGUUGUGCUUUUCUAUUUUAAAAGGUUAGAAAAGAAGGUUGUUUUUCUGUCGAAUAUACAAAGGAACCAGUGUUGGUGUGCACAGUUCGUUAGUUACUUAAUUGGUUGAAAUGAAAUAUACCAGCAUACACUCUAGUUCUACUGAAACCAAGCUUUGUGCACCCUAGGUUGUACCAUCAGCCCUCAGUUUGAAGGUUAGUUGUUGAAUCCCAAAGACCAGAAUUGCUCCCUCUGCAAAAAAAAUACAGCAUUUUAUGCAGAAUGUGAUGGAUUGUGGGUAAUGGGCCCCGGGAUUGGCUGUCUUCACACAACAGAAAUCGGGGCAACCUCUGAUUCUAAGAGCCACCCUUUUUAAUAUAUGAUAUACACUGUGAUCUCUGUACCAUGUGAAACACGUUUUUAAAGAAACCUAUUUUUUGAAUAUAAAGAAAGAGACUAUUCUUCAAUGCACUGCUUCAAACACAGACCACUGAGCAUCAAGGGGAAGUUUUCAGUAUUCAUAUACAGAAUGUUUAUUUUAAAAAAUCAAUCAAUAAUAGGUAGAGGAAUAAAUGGUAUUUAGUAAAUAUUUUUGUCAUCAUUAUGAUUUUUUUUUUCUUUGCACCCCCCUGACUAACUGAUAUGCUUGAGUGAUUCAGCCAUUUGGAUUUCAAGCCUGGCGAAAUCAACGUAAUUACAGAAGGCAAUCAAUGUGUCGUGCUUAUCAGGAGAACCCCAUCUUUCACCGUUGGAGGAAGGACAAAUUCAGCACUCUUGGGAUGCUCAGAACCAGCAAAGCAAUUUCCCCGUCUGGCAGCACACUACAGGAAACAUUCAGUCCGCCAGCGAUAGAUCUGGGAGACCGGGAGACAGAUCCUCGGCGGGACGGAUUGAUGGUCACGUUCCAUUUUUUGUGUGAUAGUAAAUUAAGUGAGGAUGUUCCUUUUUUUUGUUCAGUACAGCUUCUGGUAGACGCUAUUUUUGCUAUGCAGAAAAACACAAGAUGUCCUGCAGUGUGUGCAUCACAUUGGCAUUCAGCUCUUCAUUACGAUGGUUUUCCUGCUGUCUUUUGUCCCUUGAAAUCUAACGCUAUCUACUGAAUGCUAAUUUUAGGCUGCAUUUAUCAUUGACAAUUGAUUAAAUGGAAGAUGAUCUAAAGAA